UUUCUGUGGUCGUUUUGUGGUGGUUUUGUGGUUUUGUUUUGGAUUUUGGAAUUUGGGACAUUUGGGAUACAUUCCUCAAAUCAUGAAAUGUUAAAAAACUAAAUAAUGAUCAAAUCUAAAGGGUUUAAUUACAAACCAUGAAAAGGGAGCGGACAGGCGACAAUUGUCGCCCAUUUAAAUUAGCCCAUCAGAUUCUCAGUUUAACUGGAAUUAGCUUUGAAAGGAGAAGUGUUAUUGGUUUCGUGGAAUUGACAAUAGUACCACUGACUGAUAACUUACGGUACAUCAGGCUUAAUGCUAAGCAGUGCCGUAUUUAUCGUGUCUGCCUAAAUGACCAGUAUGAAGCAAACUUUCAAUAUUUUGAUCCAUUCUUGGAUAUAUGCCAAAGUGAUCCAAACACGAGAUCUCUGGAAGUGUUCUCCCAGCAUCACUUAGGUGCGGCACAGAAAAUUGACCCCGACCACAACUCUGGCGAGCUUCACAUACAAGUGCCAGACGAUGCUGCCCACUUAGUAGGAGAGGGGAGAGGUCUCAGGAUAGGCAUUGAAUUCUCUUUGGAGUCACCUCAGGGUGGUAUGCACUUUGUUGUGCCCGAAGGAGAAGGGACUUUGGCUGAGAAAUCAGCUCACAUGUUCACCUACGGCCACUCAGCGCGUCUCUGGUUUCCUUGCGUGGACAGUUUUGCCGAGCCUUGCACGUGGAAGUUAGAGUUUACAGUGGACGAGGCGCUCACGGCUGUGUCUUGCGGGGAGUUGCUUGAUGUGGUUUAUACUCCUGAUCAUAGGCGGAAGACAUUCCACUAUGUUGUUAAUACGCCUGCCUGUGCCCCGAAUAUUGCUGUAGCUAUUGGACCAUUUGAAACAUACGUCGAUCCGCACAUGAACGAAGUGACACAUUACUGUUUGCCCAAUCUCAUGCAAAUACUUAAGAAUACAGUGAGGUAUCUACAUGAGGCCUUCGAAUUUUAUGAAGAGACCCUCUCUACUAGAUACCCCUAUCCUUGCUAUAAGCAAGUAUUUGUGGAUGAAACGGAAGACGACGCAACAGCAUACACGACAAUGUCAAUACUAAGCACCCACCUGCUUCAUUCCAUUGCUAUCAUCGACCAAACAUACAUAAGCAGAAAGGCCAUGGCCCAAGCAGUGGCUGAACAGUUCUUUGGCUGUUUCAUAACCAUGCAAAACUGGUCAGACUUGUGGUUGGCCAAAGGAAUACCGGAGUAUUUAUGUGGAUUGUACUCUAAGAAAUGUUUUGGGAAUAAUGAGUAUAGGUAUUGGGUACACCAAGAAUUGCAAGAAGUAGUAGGUUACGAAGAGCAAUAUGGUGGGAUAGUGCUAGACCCGUGGCAGCCCCCGGCCAGCGGCGCUCGCGUCGAGCCUAAGGACGUUUUCUAUUUCCCUGUACGGAACGUACGCACUAUGUCGCCGAGGUACAUUGAGAUAAUGCGGAAGAAGUCUCAUCUAGUACUUCGAAUGUUAGAACAGAGGAUUGGGCAAGAGUUACUCCUUCAAGUAUUCAACAAGCAGCUUUCCUUAGCCACCAAUGCUGCAAAUACCAAGAUUGGUAGCGGGUUCUGGGGCCAACUGUUGCUUUCUACCAAUUUGUUCGUCAAAGCCAUAUUCACUGUGACGGGAAAGGACAUGGCGGUGUUCGUUGACCAGUGGGUACGGACAGGGGGGCAUGCGAAGUUUCAACUGACGUCUGUGUUUAAUAGAAAAAGAAAUACAAUAGAACUGGAGAUACGUCAAGACUGCGUCCACGAGCGUGGCAUCAGGAAGUAUGUGGGGCCGCUAUUGGUGCAGCUUCAGGAGUUAGACGGCACCUUCAAACACACGCUGCAGAUCGAGAACACAGUGGUAAAAGCGGACAUCACGUGCCACAGUAAGAGUAGGAGGAAUAAGAAGAAAAAGAUCCCUCUGUGUACUGGGGAAGAAGUGGAUAUGGACCUUUCUGCUAUGGACGAUUCUCCAGUACUAUGGAUCCGUUUGGACCCAGAGAUGUCCCUGUUACGGAGUACAGUGAUAUCCCAGCCGGACUACCAGUGGCAAUACCAACUACGUCACGAGCGUGACGUCACAGCGCAGAGUGAAGCCAUAGACGCGCUACAUAACUAUCCCGAGCCUGCUACGAGGAAGGCCUUGACUGAUACCAUAGAGAAUGAGCAAACGUACUACAAGAUUAGGUGCAGAGCAGCACAUUGUUUGACAAAGGUGGCAAACGCCAUGAUAAGUUCAUGGGCGGGCCCGCCGGCCAUGCUGACGAUAUUCCGCAAAAUGUUCGGCUCUUUCGCCGCGCCGCACAUCAUCAAGCAGAACAACUUCGACAACCUGCAGCAUUACUUCUUGCAGAAGACCAUUCCUGUCGCCAUGGCUGGCUUAAGGAACAUACACGGCAUUUGUCCGCCAGAAGUGGUCAGAUUCCUUCUAGACCUGUUCAAGUAUAAUGACAACUCAAAGAACCACUUCUCUGACAACUACUACAAGGCGUCUCUUGUAGAUGCUUUGGCUGCCACUAUCACGCCUGUUAUAUCAGUAUUACAGCCGGGUGCUCCAAUAACAGCUGAUUCCUUAUCGGCGGACACUAAGCUAGUGCUCGAGGAGAUAACGCGCGUACUGAACCUGGAGAAAGUCCUCCCUUGCUACAAGAACACCGUGACAGUGAGUUGCUUGCGCGCCAUCCGACGGCUGCAGCAGUGUGGACACCUGCCCAGUAUACCCACUGUGUUCAGAGCGUAUGCGCAGUAUGGCCAGUAUAUUGAUGUAAGACUGGCGGCAUUCGAGUGCCUCGUGGACUUUGUACGCGUCGACGGCAAACCGGAAGACUUGUCUUCUUUGCUGACAGCGGUAGAGAAUGACCCAGACCCAGGAGUAAGGCACGGGUUGGCUCGAUUAAUGGUUUCCAUGCCACCCUUCGAACGAGCACAAAGGCAUAGAUUGGAUACAGAGGCUGUUGUUCAUAGACUGUGGAAUAAUAUGAACAGCCAAUUAUCGAAUGACGCAAGACUCAGAUGCGAUCUCGUAGAUUUGUAUUAUACUUUAUACGGUCUGAAAAGACCGCUAUGCGUGCCUCUACCAGAGAUCCAGGCGAUGAUGAAACAGAUGCAUAGCAAGGAAAGGGAGAGGUUAGAAAGAGAAAGGGAAAGAGUGGAAAGGGACAGAGAGAAGAGGGAACGAGAACGGGAAUUGGAAGCGAAACCGGUUAUCAAGCAAGAGAUAGAUGAAUUAAUACCAGUGAAGAACGAAGUAGACAUAGGCCCGUUAGAAUCGGUGCCUAAACCAGAAGUACCCAAGGAAGACAACCUGCCCGUACCGAUCUCCAGCAUCAAGGAAGAGGACAACAAUGUUGACGUCACCACUGUCCAUGACAUGCCUAUCAGAGUCUAUAGUGAUGACUCAAAACGCGAGUUCAUAUCGGAUAACGCGGUGCAGCUGCCCGGCAUACCCGGCUCCUCGGGCCCGGUCGGCUUCGAGCCGGGCAUGUUCAGGCACGACCAGGACGACCUGGGAGCUCCUAAGGUGGGAUCUCUCGAAGCACUCUACUUAGCCAAAAGAGGGCAUCGGGUCUCACUCUACGAGUACCGUGAAGAUAUAAGAAAAACACCUCUAGCCAGGGGGCGGUCGAUUAAUUUGGCGCUGUCCAUACGUGGUCGACGAGCACUCAAAGAUGUGGGUCUCGAAGACCACAUGAUCAACCAUCAUGGCAUUCCCAUGCGAGCGAGGAUGAUCCAUCGCCCUGAUGGUUCCACGUAUGCGAUGCCCUACGAUGGUAGAACUAACCAGUGCAUUUAUUCUGUGGGAAGAAAUUAUCUUAACAAUAUCCUGUUGAAAGAAUCAGAAAACUUUGAAAAUGUUGAGAGGCAUUUCAAUCAUAAGUUGAUCAAGUCGAACUUUAAGGAUGGAUCAUUGACAUUUAUAAAAAUGGACACAAAAGAGUCGCUGCAAGUGAGUGCAGACUUGAUCAUUGGUGCCGAUGGUGCAUUUUCCACUGUGCGCAAGGAAAUGAUGAAGCAGCCUCUGUUUAACUUCAGCCAGCAAUACAUAGAGCAUGGCUAUUUGGAGCUUUGCAUACCGGCCGGUGAAGAUGGCGAUUUUCAGAUGCCGCCAAAUUAUUUGCAUAUCUGGCCAAGAGGAAAUUUUAUGAUGAUUGCACUACCAAAUCAAGAUUGUUCGUGGACUGUGACGCUGUUUAUGCCAUUUAAAAAUUUCAAGAAUAUUGACUCCGAAGAGAAGCUUUUAGAUUUCUUCAAAAAAUAUUUCCAAGAUUCGAUACCGCUUAUAGGAGAGAAGAAAUUAAUUGAUGACUUCUUCAGUGGGUCACCAUCAGCAUUGGUUGCCAUAAAGUGCCGUCCUUACCACGUCAGCGACAAGGCCCUUCUGAUUGGCGAUGCAGCUCACGCAGUAGUUCCUUUCUACGGUCAAGGGAUGAAUGCCGGCUUCGAAGACUGCACUGAAUUGGACCGGCUCUUCCAGAAGUAUAAUGAUGAUGUUACGAGCGUUCUAGAAGAGUUCUCAAAUGUCAGAUGGCGUGAUGCUUUUGCGAUCAGUGAUCUGGCUAUGUACAAUUACAUCGAGAUGCGUGAUCUUGUAACUCGACCAUCGUAUCGGCUGCGUAAAUCUGUGGACGAUUUCCUAUACUGGUUACUGCCGGAUUUCUGGGUUCCUCUUUAUAAUUCUGUAACCUUUACGACAAUGCCUUAUGACCAGUGUGUACGAAAUCGGCAAUGGCAAAAUAAGGUGCUUGCCAUCGUUGUAUUAUUUAUUGGAUUAGUUUUAUGCCUUAUUUUUUUCUACUAUAAAAUGAAUUAAAAGAGGUUAUUCUUACUGUAAUAUUCUUGCACUAUAUUAUUUACUUGCAACGACACAAUUUGCCUACAUCGGCUAAUUUAAAGUAGGUAGUGGUAAUAGUGUGUUUCAUUUUAUAAACUUAGUGAUUUGCGUUUGUAAUAUUAUACAUUAUAAUUAGGACUAAUUUUGUUAUGUAUUUAUUAAAUAUUAUAAAGGCGAAAGUUUGAAUGUGUAUGUGUGUGUGUGUGUGUGUGUGUGUAUGUUUGUUACUCCU